CGCGGCCAAAAUUACCGAGUGCCAGGUUAAGGUAGACCAUGGCGAAUGGAUCGAUUGUACACGGGUCAGUAGGGAGCUUUUCGUGGUUCCCUGGUUACCAGAAAAGUAUGAACGAGGCUUGCACAAAAUCUCAGCCUUCAUUCGCGAUGAAGAAGGCAGACAUCGGUGGUCGAACAGGAAUUUACGUUGGAUGGAUCGAGGCGGCAGUUCAGCACCUUGGCACGGUUUGUGCUGAUGUACGAUACGAACAAAAUUUUCCAAGCAUUCUACAGCAUGGCGUUGAUCACCUGCCUGGUUCCACUGUGCGUUUUCCGAAUCUGGCAUAUGCUCGUUAGAAGUGGCACCGUCACUCGGCCUCGCAUUCGCAGCUACUGUUGUCGCGGCUGGAUCCGCAAGAUGUGGAUUCUCUCAACCGUCGAUCGAUUGGUGUUCCCGCUGAUAGGGUACUGUCUGUUCGUGACCUGCGGACCGUGGUCGUUUGGCGAAGUAAUCGACGGUCACAUAGGAGUCGUCUUCGUUUGGGGCAUAUUCGUCAACGGGACGUUCCUGCCGGGCACCUUGACCUACUUUUAUGGAUUCUUCCAAUUGAUGUUCUGCCAGUUCCCGCUCAUAAUCAUCUACGCCAACAAUGCACACAGAAGAUUAUACCGAGGACCGGCCAGUGCAGAAAAGAAACUCGGAUUCCUGGCCGCCACCUGGCAAAAUUUGCCGUUCCUGCUGAUUAUGCUCGUGGAGUUGCUGUUGGCACUCAUCUUUUGGAACGCUUACGGAACGUUGGCCUUCAUCAUCACGCCCCUGCGCACGUGGUCCAUCGUGCUGAACCUGAUUCUGUGGUAUCAGUCGAAAAAUCUACCCGAAAAGAGUCUUCGCUCGGCGGCCGCCUUGUGGGCUGCAUCGCCCGAAUCCAAAACCUCCCAGCUUUCGCAAUAGGGCCUUUCCCAUUGUUCGCACCUGUCGAAUAAGAUGUAACAACAUUUUGUGUAGGAAUUGACUUUCAAUCACAGUAGAAGCACUUUUUUGCAUACAACGUAUUGAGCUAAUAGAUUUCGAUACCAAAAUCAUAUAACAAAUUUAGUGCCCUAAAACAACCUUUACUGUCGAAUAAGAUGUAACAACAUUUUGUGUAGGAAUUGACUUUCAAUCACAGUAGAAGCACUUUUUUGCAUACAACGUAUUGAGCUAAUAGAUUUCGAUA